AGCCUUGUGCAUAAUGUCUCCAUUAGAACAUAUCAACUUAAAUCAUAAUGGCUUACAAUGCACUGCGCACCUCCAUCCAUGUACUGAGGCAAAAAUAGCCUUGGCCAGGAAAGGACUAUAAUGAUUCAGUAAUUUAGUGUCCUAGGAAGUCUGUUUGCGUAGACUAGAGGCGUCGUUGCCAAACCUGUUUUGGCAGGAAGCGCCGUAGAUUACAGCACAACCUUGCGCUUAUUAAGACUUGGCGUUUUUAAGUUCAUGUCAGUUUUGAAGUUUGCAGCGUUGGAACAUCAUAUGCGUACAGUGUUUUGGACCUGUCAGGUUCUCUGUCUUUGUGUGGCAAACUUCUAUACUUACAUUGCCUGGACCUAGGCUAGAGAAAGUCUUGAAAAUUGGUUUGAACAAAUACUGUUCACUGCAGGUCUUUUUAUUUUGACGUCGUGAUUCAUGUAGAGUUCUGGAUAUAUUUUGUUUCUCAUGAGGAUCCUCGGCUCAAGUACUCAGCAGUUUUUGCCUGUGAAUGACGGUUCCUUUGCCAAUAUGUACGUCCAGUCAGCUCCCCACCACUCUCAUCAAACUCCUACAAGCCAACAGCAGUACUACUGGCAGAACCGCCCCGUGAAUGUAGAGCAUGGAGGGAGUGCAAGCCCCAAGAACCACCAUCGGGAGUUCCCCAUCGUGGAUGGCAAGUUUGUCAACCAGAGCAUGGUGAGUCCACAGAGCAACCGUAGAAUGGGUUCUGCUACUUCCAUGAUCCAGAGGCCAGUCACCAUGCACAGUCCGCGCCAGAGCCGAAGAGGAGCUCCUCUGCAGCAGUCUGGGAGUGUCCUGCAGCGAGGUGGAGCAGUCAGGUCCAAUGCAAGACCGAUGCCACCCCAGCAGCAGCACACCUCACACGCAGUACCACACCUGCAACAACAGCAGAGCAAUGGCAGACCCAAUGGGAGUCAAACAUAUACUGUUCCGAUCCACGUGCAGCAGCAGCACGAUGGAUCCUCCUCUGGAAGCAGCAGUCCAGAGCUUAGGAGCGGCAUGACCAACUCCAUGAGGAAUUUCAAUGGUCACCAGACCCCGAUCUCUAUACCCAUUCAGGUGCUACGUGGUGGGAGCAACCAACAUAGUGAUUUUCCUCAUGUACCACCCCCUGUUCCUCCCUACCCUCAUGAGAGUCUGAUUAAUCAGAGGGCAUACCAGGCUAAUCAUCAAGUCCCGUCCCACACUGGUGCCAAACAGCAACCGUCACCAACUGUUGGAUCGCCUCAGCUACCCAAUGUCAUUGUCUCCGGAGAUCUUCCUCAGUUCACUGAAGAUGGUUUAUCAUCGUCAUCAAGCCCAGAGCGUCAAUCCCAGAGCCAGGCACCAUCGAGGGGAGCAGGACAGACAAGAACAGCUUUCCGCGGUGCCCCUCGUAAAGCGCAGUCCCCACCCAGGACUUCACCGGCAACGCAGCACAAGACUACUAAGACAGCAUCGUCAAAGACCAUUGACGUCAACUCAAAGCCAGCUAGCGAAAAAGAGGAUGCAUCCUCGCAGCAUCCAAAGGAACUAAGGGAAAUAUUUGAAAUCAUGACCUUCAUCGCCAAGUUGGGAAACGAGGCGGAUAGCUUUAACGGUUCUAAGUCCGACCCAGGGUAUCUGAAACUGGAAGAACUCCUCACACGCCAAGUACUCCGUCUGGACAAUAUUGAUGCCCAUGGAGAUGCCUCUGUACGGAAUGAACGCAAGAAAGCUGUGCACAAAGCCCAGGGAUAUCUGGACUAUUUGGAAAGGAAAUGCAGUGGUAGAAGAUAGCCUAUAGAACCCUUACCAUCAUCAUUGUGAAUGUAAAUAUAUUUUGACAUUGUACAUGUGUAAAACUGUAAAUUUGGUAGCUAGUGCAGGUCAAAUUUAUUCUUCGAGUUCCUCGUCAGAUUACUGGGCAUUUAGGACAGUCUUUAGAAUGAACUAAACGAUGACAAUGAUCUCAUUGUUUAUGAUGAGUUUAUCUCAGUCUUAAUAUUAUAUGAUUUAAAGUCGGAAAGAAACCUAUGUACAAACUAGAAUGGAUGCAAUGUGUGCUAGUAGAUUGCAUGCCAGCUUGCUAAGGUAUUCUUACUUUUCUAUUAUUCUCUCCUAUUGACUCAUGAAAAUGACACAACCCUCUUGGCCUGUGUGUUGUUGCUAUUUUGACUAGUAUAAACACACUACACGUUUGCCAAAUAAUAGACUGCCGUGAGUGUUUUCACAAGAUAGUCAUGUCACAGGUAUUAGAACCUGAAUGAUCCACGCUGCCUUAAAGUUCUAUGUACAUGUAACUGCCAAGGACAGAUUAUGCUGUGUAGUAGAACGUGUGUAUUCAUAUUUCAUAAAGCAAGCUAUUUAUUUAUUUCACUCUUGCUCAAUGAACACAAGCUAAAAAAAGGGGAUGCAGAUUUUUUAAAAAUCCAUACCCUUAUUGUUGACUCUAAAAGUUGAAGUUCACGGUUUUCAUUGUACAAUAUUUAUGAAUCGGAUGCUUCUAUUUGGGGGUACUGGACGUAAAAUGUUAGCACAACUUUUGUUAAUGCAAAUUGAAUAAUGUGGCAUAGAGGGUACUUGUACGGUAUAUUUAGAUAUAAAUGUAUGUAUAAUCUAUUUCAAGUUUUUAUUUUGCCAUAAAGAAUGAGAAAUGUCAAUUAAUUUAUUUUAAUCAUUCAUUCAUCUUCCUCCAGAAGUAUUCUAUAAAUUUGAAUUUUUGAAUUGUUUUCCGUCAAAAUUAGGAAUGUUUUGGACUGUAUUCAAAGAUCAAAGUCACAAAAUAACAAAAGGAUGUGUAUUCAAUUGAUGCAAUGCCUCAUUCAAUAUGUUUAUCUUUGAAAAGAUGAUUAAGUGUUCUUUCAAAUAAUGUAAUUUCUAAAUAGGAUCUUCCGAUCUUAUUUCUUUUCAUGUACAUGUAGAUGUACAUACAUGUACAUUCUAAAUUGGGCAACCACUUACAUGUAAACUGGUAGACAGCAAUUGGCAAAGAUUACAAGUAGUACAUGUAUAUAUGAUUAUCCUUAGUCAUCAUAUUCAUUAAAAGUGUAUUCAUAUUAGCAUUUUAUUUCAUUCUAUUAUGAUGAUGCUACAGUUCACUUGUAAUUGGGUAUGUAACAUACUGUACAUUAGGAAAUAAUAAUAAAAACGUAUGUGCUAGCAUGAGUGAAUGGUCAAGCUACACAGAGGAAAUAAUUCAUCACAGUAAUUUAACCCCACCAAAGGGGUUAACAAGCUAAUCAUGUUUUUUGUAAUGUAUCCUGACACUUCUGUCGGUCAAGAGGUCGUCUUCAGAAGCAUAUGACCCCAAUAUUCAUCAAUUAAAAGAUUAACCAUCCCCUUUAUAGAUGAAGCUGUGGAUUAGUGCUGCUAAGGGUAUACUUCCACUCUUCCUGUUUUUGGUAGACAUGCUAAUUGCCUUUCUAAUAUCCGAUACCAUGAUAAACAGUUUCACGUACAUGUACAGGGUGUAUGUCAUUUAUUGGUACUGCCAUUUUCAAUUCACAUGAAAGAAAACAACAACAAAAACAUGCUAAUUGCCUUUCUAAUGUCCGAUAUGAUCGUGAUAAACAGUUUCACGUACAUGUAGGUAUGUCAUUUAUUGGUACUGCAAUUUUCAAUUCACAUGAAAGAAAUCAACAACAAAGAAAUUAGCAACAAAUAUCUAGUAGUAGUCUUAUAUCCAAACCCUGACUUUCAAAUAGUGUACCAGUAUUUGUAACUGAGGCAUCAUGAAGUUGCAAGAUAUCAUUGAUGUUGAAGCCACUUUUUAUCCACUCUGCGUUGAUAGUACAUGUGUUCAUGUUAGACUAGUUCAUGUAAUGUAUUUUAUUAAAUCUUUGUUGUUGUUGUUUUGGUUAAGGAACAAAGAUGUCAAAAGUGAUAUACCUGUAGUUGUGUGCUUAUCAAGUACAGGUAAAUUUACCAUCAAUUGAAGCAGAAAGGCUCUUCAUGAUUUGCAUAAGACAUUUGUCAGAGACUCAGAGGUAACACAAAUCUUAGAACUUGCUGGUUGUUCAGAAAAUAUUAUUACUGUAAAUUGCAUGACUCGCAUGCAGUCAUGUAUGGUACAAAAAUACACAUGUACAUGUAUAACAUGUUAUUUUGAAUGUGCAGUAAACGAGCCUAAAAUCAAAUACAUUAAUUGGUUGUAUGUUUUGAACUAAACAAAUAGUAGUGCAAUGACGUAAAUGAGAAUUUAAUGUUUCCAUUUGAUGUGUCUUUGACAGGAUAAAAGCUGCGAAGCCCCUGGGUGCUUUCAUAGAAUUCAUUGAAUCAAUACGACAAUCCUAAUGUGUUAUUCAUGAAAUAGGGUUUGUUUGGGAGGUAAAUUGAAUGAUUAUUAUCUUAAAAAGACUGUUGUUUGACUAGUUGUAAACAUGUUUUGUUCUGUCUUUCACUAUUCUGUAUAGGUCACAUGACUCCUCCCCCCCCCCCCCACCUCAUUUUUUUUUGCUUCCUGUGUUUGUUAUUGUCAGUACCGUAGUUUUAACUCUGUAUUAAAAUAGAAAUACAGCUAAACAGCACUUGAACAUUAUUCUUUUCUGGCAGCGGCUAUUUCUAACUGAAUGACAGCGCUCAUUUAUUAUGUCUGAGUCGAUACAUCCACUUUUAUUUAAUAUGUCUUCAUUGGCUUGAUUCUAGCAGUAAGAAGUUGCCAAAGAAAAUAAAGACACUCUGACCUAUAUAAUUUUCAUUUUGUAAUGAUAGCUACGUUAUGAUCAUGGAUGUAUAAUUUUGUAAGAGUGGAAAUAAAAUAUUUUAUAUAUCAAAUAAUGAUAAUGGCUCUUGAUUAUGAUGUUAUGGGGAUCACUCAAAGGAAAAAAGAAGUCAUUUUGAUUGUAUUAAUAAAUGUUUUUAUGAAAGACGUCAUUUCUAUAAACAUACAAUGAAACAUGAUACAUUGUAUUAGUCUAAAUCAAGGCCAAUUGUCUGUAAAGUUUAUUUGACAUUUCAUUUGUGACCCUAUUUUUACUUUUCAUGUCAAUCUGUUUACUCUGUAUGCUGCUGAAUGCACAAAGAAUAUGCUGUAAGGUCUGAAAAGGUUAAUCUUGAUUUCUGGUUAUUUUCAAAAGUAAAGAGUAAUCAUCACAAAAUCCAACAAAACCUACACAGCACGUGUAUUUAUCAAGACUCCAAGUAAAUGAUGUACAUGUAUGUGUUUUUAAAGCCAGAUUCUCUCAAAAUACAAAUCCACUACCAGAACGAUAGAUUAGCUUGACUAAAAUGCAAAGUGAUGAUUCCUUUUUUUAGGAGCCAGAAGGGCGUUAGUUCCUAUACCGGUACUUUAACACAGAGUUUAUGCCCUUCUGGCUCUCAACAGAUGAUUAGUACAUGGAUGUGUAUACCGGUACACAGGGAAUACAAAUAUUCAGCAAUCAAUAUACACUUAUGACAUUUAAAAAUCAGGCAGGGACUCGGUAAUGAGUAGUAGUUUCACACUGUGUUGAGUAUGUGGGUCAUUGGUGUGUGCCUUUCAUAACUACAAAACUGUACCCAAGCGAAAUGUACAUGUAUUCAUUAUUCUGGCCAGUGCUUUUGUUGUUUGUCAAAACAAGUGAUACAGAAAGUCAUUGUCAAUCACCAAUAUUCAGGGCUAUUAUUAUCUUUAACUAUUCAGUGAUAACAGCAUACUGUAUGCAGGACCAGAAAAUGCAACUUACAUGUAAUUUAUGUAGUACUUUGAUAUUAACUUAAAGAGAAGAGAGAUCUAUUUUAGAAUGUACAUCUAAUGACUCUGCAAAUGUGUUCCAUUAGACUUUCAGCUACAUGUAGCUUACAUGAAAUUACUUACGAGAGUGAAUCAUCAUUUUACUAAAUGCAAGUGGACGAACAGUGACACACAACUUGGAUUUUGUGUGCCCACGUAAUCUAAAAUGAUUGAACGUGGGAAAAUUCACACGGGUGUUGGUCAGUUCACAUAACCAGCCUGUUUUCUCAGUUGCUUUCUUUAUAUUGCUAUACAAGUAAUUGUUGCAAAAUGCCCCCAUUCACAUUUUCCUUGAAGUAUUGAGACCAUCAUUACUGUCACCCAUAUGGCCCUAAGACAUGAGACCUAGAGAGAUAGAUACAGUAGAUAGAAUGAACCCCAAAGCCUUCGUAUAUUCAAUACUGAAAUCUGUAUUUGAUUUAUCCAACAUAUUGGUGAAACUGUGUAAGACAUGUACAUGACGAUUAUUCCUGUAUGCUGUACCCCUGCUGAUAUUAAGCUGCACUAUAUUUUAAAGAGUAGAGCACAACCCCUUUUUCAAUGCUUAACCUGUACAAGCAGUGUGGAAUUGUGAUGUCCAUGUUGAAAACGUUUUCUGGUUAUGCAUUGUGUUCUUGCAAAGUGUGAAGGCCAUACAUAAUAGAAUGCUAAAAACAGACUUACAAAUUUAGUAGUGCAGACAAAUAUGUAUGUUUAUGAAAUGUACACACAAUCAUAUGCACAUGUUUGACACUCAUAUCUAUUUAUUUUUAUGAGGACUAUUUGUGCACAUGUGUAAAAAUGAAAAAGAAUCUGUGUCUUUUGGCACAACCAAUUUGAUUGUAUAGUGUGAAUAUUUAUUUUGUGGGAUAUAGACUAUAUAUAAAGUGUACUUUCAAAUAAAAUUGCUAUUAAAUGAAAUGAAAUACAUAA